UUACGUAAUAAGCAAUGAACCGUUGUCCACUCCUUAGUUGAAUGCGAAAACUAUCACUUCGAGCGCGGGCUUGGAUCUCUGACAUCUGUUAUGCGCUCCUCGUUCUCGUUACCGGUUGUUUCUUUGCCAUAUCAUGUGCUGCAUUGUUGUCACAAGCAGUCAGAACUUCACCACUCAGGUCUUGGACGAACAACGGGGAUGCUGUGAUAAUUGCAGCGACAUACGUGCUCGUGUGCAUCAUAUCCAUCGCCUUCUGUGUAAAACGGCGAAUUGCGGUGCGUCGCCGAUUGCAGAGGAUUUCGAAGACGCACCUCUCGAUCGCUAGGAGCGAAGUCCCUCAGCCCGUUCAUGAGUAUAUUUCACAAGAAUUUGCGCGUUCUUGCUUGGUGUCAUAUGAAUCCCAGCCACGCAACACAGUUCACAGCGGGUGGGGCCGACCAGGCACCAUACUUAGCGGUAUUCGUUUUCGACGCGCUCUUCUUGAUACGAUCGCGGAAAUUGACGCCGGAGCACGUCUCGUUAUACCCAGUCAUCCAAUUUUGAAGCCCCAUGCACGCAUGCUGCAUCAUUUCAGGUUUCUCCUACCGCUCUUACCAAAGGAUGAAGAAGGCCUCUCAGAAUUGCACUACUACGAUUCAGCCAUACAACUUGCGCGAACGGUGGACAGGGAACCGACGGAAGAAGAAUACCAGCGGGGAAUGGAUGCUGUCGGCUCCAUUCUACAUAUUUUGCGGGAGUGCAGGUCGCAGAUGCUGGAAGAGUCCAGGAUGCAAAUCAAUACUAAGCAAAACUUGAUGUCAUGAAGGCUACGUCCUAGAUGACCCAGAGCCGGUCCAUGUCCACUAACUCUAUAUCGCAUGGAUCGCUUAGAGCUGGAUAUUUCUAUAACACCUGCCGUACUUAAAUAUAUUGCACGCAACUACUUUCAAGCAUAUCCACAUGCCACCUAAUUUAUACCAGCAUAAUACAACCUUCGCAGGGCAAUCGCCAUCAACGAGAGACGAUCUCUGAAUAGUGCAGCUGGCCAAUGGCCACAGUAGGAGUAUGAAUCUUCGAUGUCAAUCUCAUAUAUCACUGAUUUUUCGAAGAAU